UCUAAUCUUUUUAUCUUGUAAAAUAUAAAUAAUACAUCGAUAUUUAUAUUAAAUAAUAGGUAAUAUUAAUUUUGGAAAGUAUUCCCUAUGAAUUAAGUUCCUAAUUAAUUUUUCCUAGAUAAUAUAUAUUUAAUUUUGUUUAGAAAGAAUGAGUGAUACAGACUUAGACAUUGAAUCCGAUGAAGAGGCAGAGCUUGAAGAUUUACGAAAAUUAAAUGCGGCCUUAGCGGACGACGAUGCCGGUCCUAGUAGAGGCACAUCUCAGUACUCGCUUAAUACUAAGGUGUCCAUAUCCGACAGUCUACUUGACGACAUAUCUGAAAUCGACACUACAAUUGCUUUAAAUAAGUUAUAUGAUCAAAAGCUCCAAAUACUGGAAAUAAAACUUCACAACCGUCUACGUGAAUGCCGUCAGCGGUUACAAGCAGUACAAAAUAUGGUUACAAAGGAAAAACUGCCCGUUACAUCUUUCCACCAUAUAACUUGUGGUAAACCUUACUUUAAAGAUAGGAAUGGCUUUGCACCUCCAGAAAACAAAGAUAGUUUCUUAAAAAAACAGGCUGAUGUUUUGGAUUAUUCAACUGUACAACUUGGAAUUGGCUGGACACUUUGCAACAAAGAUUUGUUUAUGAAAGUAAUGCAUUCAGUUUCAGAAAAAAUAAAAAAAGAAGAAAUUAAGGCCAAGCUAAAUGACCUAUGCCGUAAAGCUAAAACAAAUAAAUCUUUCAAAGGUCAAAUAACAAAACUGAAAAUUGAAAUGAGUGAACUAAAAAACAAGUCCUUGAAAGACUUAGCUCUACCAAUUGAUGAGGAAUAUGAUUGGAAUUAUGUUGCUAGUCUACUUAACUUGAGACACAAACCUCAUGAGUAUAGAGCAAUGUGGAAAUUGUUUCUACAUCCUAUUAUAAAUAAAAAUAUAUGGUCAGAAACUGAGGCAAAAAGAUUACUUGGUAUUGCACAGAAAUCUAACUAUCAGGGUUGGGACACAAUUGCAAAAGAAUUAAACACUGGUCGUACACAAUUUCAGUGUUUUAUUUCUUUUCGGAGCAAUACACUGAAAUCUCAAGUAACAAGAAAGUGGACUAGAGAAGAAGAAGAAUAUUUAAAAAGGUUAGUGGAUUAUUUUAAAAUUGGAAAUUGCAUUCCAUGGGCAAAAGUAGCAGCAUCAAUGGAAAACCGAACAAAAGUACAAGUAUACAACAAGUAUUUAAGACUUACUCAAGAAAGAAAAGGAAGAUUUCUUCCUGAAGAAGAUGCUAUAAUUUUAACUUUUAUAGAAAAAUAUGGUCCCGAUUUUAAAAGGAUGACUUGGUACUUGCCAGGACGAACUGUGUCCCAAUGCCGAGUGCGUUAUGAAGUUUUAUCCCAGAGAAGAAUGUCAGUAGUAUGGACUGUAGAAGAAGACAUAAAGUUAAUGCAAUUAGCAGCAAAUCAAGAUUCCCGAAACUUCUGUAAAAUAGCUGAAUAUUUUCCUCAUAAAAAUAGAAAAAUUGUACGGUCUAGAUAUCUAGUGCUAGAAAAGUGGAUGGCACGACAUCCUAAUGUCAAUAUUGUACAUGCACCUAGGAGAGCAUCAAGAGAAAUAAAGCGUGGAAGUAGUUCAGAUAGUUUAAAUAAAGCCAUUGAUAAUUUAAAAAAGCGACUAGAACUAGAAUUACAUGAUAAAAAAAAUAAAGCAGUGAAUCAGGAUUCCCCAGAAGAUAAGAUUGAAGAUGAAAUUAUUAGUCUUCUUGUUAAAGAGCAGAUAAAACUUGAUGAACAGCAAAAAUAUAAACCUAUUCCAAAGGCCAAUGAUCAAGAAACAACUGAUAAUAGUGACCAAGAAAGUGAAAUGUUACCAGAAGAGCAAGGCGGUACAAACAUUAAACUAGUAAAGCAAAUACUGAUUCUGCUUCGAGCCAAGUUAAAUAAAACAAAAUUUUUACAAAGCUCAAUAAGUGAAGAAUAUCCUGAUCUACUACAAGAUGAUCAUUAUAAUAUAUAUGGAACAAUAAAAAAAUCUUAUUCUAGGAAAGUAAGCAACCCCACUAGUACUAUUAAAUGUCCUGAUAUUUGGGGUAGUAACACAUUAGGUCCAAAUCACUUUAUUCUUCCACCAAAUUAUGCAACAAUCACAGGCUGUAGAAAACUAAUGAAUUCUGUUAAGGAAAGUCAACUAAGUAAUGCAGUACACAAUCUAAAGGAAUAUAUUAGCCAAAAUAGUAUAUUUAAAGAAUCUAUGCAGCUUUUAAAUACAAGAUUCUAUACUUUAUUCCUUUGGCCAAUGAUACUAUCAACUCAUAAGCCACCAGAGAAAUUCUUCUUAAAGGAAUCUAAUAAACCACAUGAACAAGAAGCUUUUCCGCCUGUUGUUUUUAAAGAGGAGGAUUAUAACUUUACUCAAGAUAAGAAUCAAAAUGCUGUGCAUACCGAAAAAGGAAAUAGUUUAGCAGAUGAUGUAAUAGAUCUGCCCAAUAAUAAUGAUCAUAAUGAAAUCACCCUUAUAGAAUUGCAUAAUUUUGUUCAAGAAGAAGACUGUAUUUUGGGGCUAGAGUAAGAUUUUUUAUAAAGUUUAAAAAAGUA